AUGACACAAGUCGGCCAAGAGGCUGAACUAGUUCACCCGUCUAUGCAAGCACAAUUGGAUGAAUUGAAAAAUAUGUUCCAAGGCCUGGCCAGCCAAAAAUUCACUGAUCUCGAGUUAAACCAAGCACGCGGAUCACCCUUCACUCCUGACAUCAAUGUCCUAGAGCUACCCCUCAAGUUCAAAAUGCCGACCUGGAAGAUAUUUCCAAGGGGUCGAGGAGAUGUGCGGUGUAGAGUAUUCCCUGCCACACUUUCAAAAGCCGCACAACAGUGGUAUUUCCAGUUACCACCAGGAAGGUUCAACUCCUGGAAAGCCUUCUCCUCAGUGUUUCAUGCACAAUUCUCUUCUUCUCGCCAACUCCCAUUGCAUUUAGAAGACUUGGUCGAAGUGAAGCAAAGAUCAAGAGAGCCUCUCCGAGCCUACAUAAGCAGAUUCAUGACAGAGGCUAUGAAAGUUGCACGAUUAACUGAAGAGGGGAGGCUGGCCAUAAUACUGGGGGGCAUCGAAGUGCUCAGAGAACUAUGGAAAGAUAUCAAGAGAAGUGUCCCUGUAGACUCUAUGGUGAAUUUUCUUGAUCGAGCAAGCGAUUUCAUCAAACUUAAAGAGGCCAUUCAACUGGCGGAUGUCGAGCUUAGACCGGGCCAACCACAGGUUCCCUCGGUAGGGGUGUCUGCUCAAAACCCCCAGUACCCUAGUAGUUUAAAUUCGGGCGGCAAAAGAUCUAAUAACAACGGCAGACAAGGCAAUAGGAAAAGGGAAAGUUCGCAGACUGACAACCUGGAGACGAUCUACAUGGUGACUCAGUCUGUAGUCCCGUACAAAAAACGUACUCCCAUGAAAAAGGACAAAGAAAAGCAGGACAUGUCCAAAUUUUGCCAUUUUCAUGGAGACUAUGGCCAUGACACUAAUGAGUGUAACAACAUGAAGCGAGAAAUUGAAUUGUUGAUAAGGAAAAAUAACCCGCACGUGCAAAAGUAUGUUAAGGCUGACCAGAAUCAACGGACAGCCCAAGACCUAUUACUGCCUCCACCAGUGGACGAACAUUUACAAGUUAUCAUUGGGGGCCCACAUAUUGCUGGAGAUUCGGGCAAAGCUCGGGAGAGGUAUGUCCAAACUUUACAACACAAACCAAUGGAAGUGGUUCUAGCCAUAGAAGAAAGAAAGCCAAAAAUGCCACAGGUAGGAGAACCCACUAUAACUUUCAUUGAAAAAGAUGUUGUCAAUGUUCGCUUCCCGCACAAUGAUCCAUUAGUCGUGGAGGUAUAA